AUGAAAUUCUCGACUUCGCUCUUUUUCUUCGGCCUUGCCGCUGCUCAGGAAGAAGAGGGCCGCAAGGUUCCUCCUCGCCACCCACUGCAGCGACUCAACCGGCUCACUCAGUUUUCGGAAGAGAUCCUGACCCAAUGGUUCGCCGGACUCGCCUCGCAAGAAAGGUGGAUCGCCAAAUUCGCCACCAACGCUGGUCGAAUGGAGAAGAACUUCCUCCGCGGCGAGCAGCGAUGCGGCUUCUACGACCCUUCCUUGCCACAUGGCGGCCCAGAGCCAGAGGAAGAGGACGAGCUGCGCUACGAUCGAACUGACCCCCGAAUCGGCAUCAGGCAGAUCACCACUGGCUACCGAAAGUGGGCCCAGCGAUACAUGGCCGCCUGCUCCGGCCAGAAGAACUACCAGUACCAGGUCAACAGAAUGAACAGAUGGAACUCCAUUCUCCAGGACCAUCUCAACAGAAUCUACCCACAAGCCUAA